AUGGAAGUGUAUCCAUCUUCCGUUGGAAGCGGGUCAGGCACCACACGCACGGCCUGGCCGCCGGAACAGAAGUCUGGCGCUUUACUCGAGCAGAGUAAAUCGGCGUCACCCUGGGCAGAUAGUGAAGGCGCUGAGAACGACCUCCUCGACGUCUCAUGCGGAACGGAACCGGUCCGUAUACCCACGACCGGUCUUUCCGCGUCCCAUCUAGCGAGUCUAAGCAGGUUCGAUCGAUACAUCACAGAUAGCGUCCUACCUGACGGAACGCCUAUAUCUCUAGCUAGACCCCCGAGCGGUCUGCAGGACGACGAAGACUCCGACCGAGAUGAGAUGGUGCUUCUUGUGAAUGCGUGGGUGACUUUGGUAAGUAGCCGCUCUCGCAGAUCGGGAACCAAAGCUGAUCGUGAUCUAGGCAACUUCUACAGCGACACGCUCGAAGCUCCGGGCGGCCUACUAGAGCAGCUGCUCAACUUGGACGCUCUGCCUGAGCGAUGGCCCCUGGUGGAAUGCUCUCCGGACUGCCUAUGCGCGAGGACGUGCGGAAACCGACUGACGCAAGGAGGGGUACGCGUCCCCCUCACCAUCCGCCCUGUCCCUCAAGCCGGUCUUUGCCUCUUCUAUUCCCCAUCUACCUCGUGCGAUCUGCCACGAGGAAGCUUCGUCUCGCUAUACGCCGGUGAAUACCUCACGACCUCGCAGGCCCGCUCCCGCUGGUCCUCCGCAGUCAAAGCCGAGGAGGGAGAGGGGAACUACAUUCUCACCCUCCGUGAGCCAGGCCUGGUACUUCACAUCGACCCUCGACGGUAUGGCAACAUCGGCAGAUUCAUGAAUCACUCGUGUGAUCCGAACUGCGUGAUUCAGGUGGUCAGGUGGGGAGCAGGGAGUUGGCCUCGAGCAGCGAUCUUUAGAUCCAUCGCCCCCGACGAAGAGCUCACGUUCGACUAUGGGAACGCCUCGGGGUCUGGGAGAUCGAUAGCGGAUGGACAGAAGGGGAGUAAGGGGUCGGAGGUAGCGGAUGACGUCGCCGGGGAAAGGCGGACGAGCUGUUUCUGUGGAUCAGAAAGGUGUAGAGGCUGGAUGCCGUUCGAUGAGACCUUGUAG